UUAGCUUUGCACCUCUCUGGGGAAGAAGAUUGCCGGGCUGUGCUGUCACCAUGUCUUUUCGAUUUUCUGGGGGAUCCAGGGUCUGCUCUCGAGCUGGAUCUGUCAGGCUGUCCAGGGGUGGGGCGGGCUUUGUGGCUGGGAAUGUGAGUGUUGGGCCCGGAGCAGAAAGCAGCUUUUCUUGCACCCUUGGGGGAAUCUCUUCUGGAGGAGGCUUUGGCCAUGGCAGUGAGGUGUCGGGAAGGGGUAACAGCACGAGUUUCCUUAACAAUGAGCCUGGACUCUUCUCCGGGAAUGAGAAAGUGACCAUGCAGAACCUCAAUGACCGGCUGGCACUGUACCUGAACCACGUAAGCGCUCUGGAGGAGGCCAACACUGACCUGGAGAAGAAGAUCGAGGGCUGGUAUGAGAAAUAUGGGCCUGGCUGUGGCCGUGGACUUGACUGUGACUACAGCAAGUAUUUCUCAGUCAUUGAGGAUUUGAAAAAACAGAUCGUUUCUAUGACCACCUGUAAUGCCAACCUAAUUCUUCAAAACGACAAUGCCAGACUCACAGCUGAUGACUUCAAGAUGAAGUAUGAAAAUGAGCUUGCUCUGCACCAGAGUGUUGAGGCUGACACCAACGGUCUUCGCAGAGUGUUGGACGAGCUGACGCUUUCUACAACCGACUUGGAAAUACAGUGUGAGGCUCUAAGUGAGGAGCUGACAUACCUCCAAAGGAACCAUGAGGAGGAAAUGGGAGUUCUGCAAAACGCAUCAGGGGGAAACAUCAACGUGGAGAUGAAUGCGGCCCCUGGCGUGGAUCUAACCGCCAUGUUGAACAACAUGAGGGCGGAAUACGAAGAUUUGGCUGAGCAGAACCGAAGAGAUGCAGAGACCUGCUUUAAAGAGAAGAGUGCAACGCUGCAGCAGCAGAUUUCAGAUGACGCAGGAGCGGCCUCGGCGGCCAGAAAUGAGCUGAUGGAGCUGAAACGCAAUCUGCAGACUCUGGAGAUAGAACUUCAGUCCAUUUCAGCGAUGAAACAGUCGUAUGAGAGUUCAUUGGCUGAGACCGAAGGGAAUUACUACAGUCAACUCCAGCACAUCCAGGAGCAGAUCCGGGUGCGGGAGGAGCAGCUGCAGCAGAUCCGAACAGAGACGGAAGGCCAGAAGCUGGAGCAUGAGCAGCUGCUGGGCAUCAAAACGUGUUUGGAGAAGGAAAUUGACAUGUACUGCAACUUACUAGAUGGAGAAGAACGAAGAAGUGAGUCCACAGGGUACAAACCAAUGGAUGGCAAGCCUGUGAAUGAAGCCAAUGCCGCUGAAAUUCCAUUCGAUACCAACUGCAGAGACCAGUGUGGGGGAUGGAAUGAGGAAGAGGAGGAUAUGUGA